ACAUUACGCGAGUGUCAAACAGAUAGUGAUUACGCGCUACCAACAAAAAAGGAACUUUUUGUUCAACAAAUUAGAAACGUUACAGCAAAGGAAUAUAAGGACAAAAUUAUAUUUUAUAAAAUGACAAAGUUCUAAAUUCAAAUACCGUCAAACCUCUUUAUCAAUAUUUAGUGGUUUUGUGGUGUUAAACCUCUUCGGUUACCUGUGCAGUCUACGCUAUUAGAAAUUUCACAAUAAUGAUAGAGCGAGUUUGUUCGCAUGUUUGAUGGGUAGAUUAACAAUAUUCAGGAUAUGUUAGCAGGUCAGCUCGUAAAAUAAUGAAGAGCGGAUACCAACUUGAUCAAAUGCCUGGUUUUCGUCAAUGAAGCAACCACCUAACCAAAGGCUAUGUGAGAAUGUGUUAAAAUUGGACUUGUUUCGUUUACUGGAUUGUGGUGCAUCUGACUUUAUGACCGGAAGUGCCACGUUGCCAUCAUGGCGGCGGCAAAUUAUUCGGGCAUUUUGAACCUCAACAAAAGCGAUGUACAUAGCAACCUGACCUCUUCCAUAAUGAGGCUGGACAACGACCUUGACUCCAUUUGUAACGGCAUUGAGGCCAACUCCUCCGCCUGUGACAAAAAGGGGCUCGGCAUAAGCCUGGCAACGCCAAUCGCGAUGUUUUCGUCUGGUGUUAUAGGGAAUAUAAUCGCUCUGAUUGUGCUAUACACUGCACGAACGAGGAUGAAAAAAUCGCUGUAUUACAUACUGCUUUCCGCCUUGGCGUGGACGGACUUACUUGGCCAGCUGUUAGUGGGUCCGAUCGCCAUCAUCGUGUACGCGAAUAAUUUGAAGUGGGUAGGUGGGCAGGCCGUGUGCAAAUAUCAUGGAUUCUUUAUGGUCUCGCAAAGUCUGAUUAUUCCCAUAUUCGUGUGUUGUCUGUCCGUGGAACGAGUGUUGGCGAUAACAUUCCCUUACUGCCACGAACGCGUAUUGACUCGAAGAAAAAUAUACGUGCUAAUAGCGAGCUGUUUGCUGUUCGUUGCGGCUUUUUGUUCACUUCCGUUUCUGGGAUUCGGGAGCUACGCGCACCAGUUCCCGGGGUCCUGGUGCUUCCUGAACUUUCACAGGGAGUCGCCCACGGAUACGGCGUUCGCGUACACGUACGGGUUCUUGAACGUCGGUAUCAUCAGCACCAUCAUCAUCAUGAACGCCAUCGUCAUGGUGACGUUGAUUCAGAUGCGCCGCCGGAAGUUGAACACUUCACCGACAAUGAAGAGACGCAUGUCCGGAAGCGGUCGCUCCAAGCUAAAAAUAGAAGAGGAGACACAGAUGAUGUGGUUUCUAGGGGCGAUAACUAUCGUGUUCACCACAUGCUGGUUUCCUCUUACGAUUCAUAUCCUGAUCAACCAAACAACCGGUCGUGUAAAUUAUCGUGCGGACCUUAUAGGGGUACGGCUAGCCAGUAUAAAUCAAAUCCUCGACCCUUGGUUAUAUAUUUUGCUGAGAAAAUCGGUAAUUGUGAAGAUUUUGCGGACAGUGAAGGGAAUUGUGACGUUCACCUCGACCGUCGAUCAUAAAACGCGUCCACAGACAAGUAAAUACGUGACGAAUCAUGACGUCAUAAACAGUGACGUCAUAAGCCGUCAUGACGUCGUAUAUCAUACACCGAAUAUGCUACACAAUCAUAACGAAGAUAUAGAGAUGAAUGGAUCAUUAGUGAUGUGGAUAAGGAAAGUGUAAGUUCCGAAAAUAGUGAUAUUCACGUUCGAUUAAAUGGGGCUUAUCAUAACGGUGUCGUCGAAAAUCUUGAAACUAUAUAGCCUUGCCGUUACUUAUACUUUUACCAAGCAAGGACCGGUAAGUUGAAGGUCCGUAUCCACCACUUCAUUCUUAGACUAAUGAAUAAAGAAUAUACUUAGAAGGUAGAACAUGUAUACAGUUUAAAACAUAUACAGGCUCCAAUUGCUGUAUACGUCAAAAAUAAAGUGUUGUAAAUGAAGAUUUGUGCAGUUAGAGGUGUUAAAUUCAAUGGCAUAUUGAAAUGUUUCAUACAAUUAUAACAUUAUCGUGUAAAAGAUAUUCUUAACUUUACGACCUGGGUUAAAGAAUUGGUCGGUAAAUACGGAUAUUGUUGGUAGAGCGCUGAGCUAAUUCGAGGAUUACGGGCUCGAUUCCCGGACCGGGCAUUUAUUAUGUGUUGCGAUUGGUCAUUAAGUCUUACAAGUCUCUGUUCGUCAGUUGUGAGUUUCUGCCAUUAUCAUGCUAGUGAAAUUUUUACUGUACCGAACUUUGAGCGGGAUAAGUGAUUAUUUGUGUGCCCAGCCCGUUUAGCUCCCUUGGUAGAUCACUCGUAUUGAUAGCGAGAGAGACCGUUUUAAAGGAUAAUACUUUCUGCGCACGUUCCACCACCUGGUGACAAUCGCGCCCAAACUUUGGACCUUGGCACUUGCGGUUCUUAAAUUGCAUAGAAUCUGCCCGUGGAUUCGUCGGGGUCUGUUCGGUGAGACUCGAAUUCGAGACAAACACGCCAACACAAGAAAUAUGAGAUAAGGUUCUAUGACCGCCGUCAUAUUAUUAAAAUAAAAUACUGUUCGAAACGGCAAAAACGCGCACAAGAAAGAUAUUAUUUCAAAAUAUUGCAAUAUUGCCCAUAACAGUAUGUAUCUAUGUACAUUAUAUGUCGUAUCAUUACGUUAUGAUUUCUUUGUUUACGUUAAUUGAUUAUCAUUGUUGUGUUUUGUGAUCGCAUUUAAAUGUUAGUUUAAACCUAUUUAUUUUAACUCGAUUGCAUAGAAAGCCUAAGACUGAUUUGACACGCUCUCUCCGUUUACUGGGACUAACACCAGUACGUGGUGUCUAUGUGAGAAAUCUAAACAACGCUCUCACAUUGGCGAUCGAACCCGUGACCUCCAGAGCGCUAGCAGAAUGCCAUAUCCACUAUACCACCGCGGUCUAACUGGGACCAGUAAGAAGUUAAAAUAAAAUCUUAUCAAAUAUACCAAUAACAAUGAGAACAAUAUGUUAACUUCUGGUUUGGCUAUCUGAUUGUUUUCAAAAUUCAAUUCAUCUAUUUAUCAACUUGUUUUUUAUCAACGUGUUGAUUAUAUAUAAAUGUAUGUGUAUUCUUCUUAUUGCUGUUUUCUUUGAAGGAAUAAAUCCAACAGCGGC